AUGAGUACCACAGUUACAAUCAAGAAUGCAGGAAAGACUUACACCUUCGAGGUGAGUGCAAAUGACACUGGGAUCGAUUUGAAAAAGAAGAUCCAGGAACAAACGUUGAUUCCACCAGAAAGACAAAAGAUUUUGGUCAAGGGGGGUAAACUAAAUGACGAUACUUUAUUGUCAACUUUGGAUUUCAGCAAACCAGUGAUGGUUUUGGGAACUCCCGACAAGUUGUCAGCACCAAUUGAAAAACCCAAAUUCAUUGAGGAUAUGGGAGACGUUACCAAGGUGGAUAACAACCCCGUUGGUAUCCCCAACUACGGGAACACAUGUUACCUAAACUCCAGUUUGCAAAUUCUUUACCAAAUUGAUGAUGUGAGGAACAAUAUUCUGGAGUAUAAGGGAACUGAUAAUUUCACCGUUGCAUUGAGAAACACAUUCCAACAGAUGGAGAAGAAGAAUGGCACAGUAAACAUUGCCUUGUUUUUGACAGUUUUCAGAAAUGCUUAUCCACAAUUUGCCGAGCAGAGAAAUGGGAUUUACGCACAACAAGAUGCAGAAGAAGCAUUUUCACAAAUAUUGACCUCAUUGAAACUGAAUUUGAAAGUUGCUGAUUUCUUCAAACUUGAAUUCAACGUAGCGACAAAAAGCUUGGCCAGUUCUGGUGGAGGAGAAGGAGGAGCAGAAGAAGAAGAUGUAUCCUACAGUGUAGAAGACGCGUUCAAGUUGAAUUGCCAUAUUGAUAUCAAGACAAAUUUCUUGCGGGAUGGAAUUCUUGCCGGAUUGACUGAAACUAUCACCAAGCACAACAACGCUUUGAACGCUGAUACUGAGUACGAAGUGUCUAAAAAAAUCACCAGGUUACCCAAGUUUCUUGUUGUUCAUUUUAUUAGAUUUUUCUGGAGAAGAGAUAUCAACAAAAAGUCGAAAAUCUUGAGAAAAGUUCAGUUCCCAUUUGAAUUGGAUCUUUCAGAAUUUUUGGAUGACUCAAUCAAAGAAGAAAAGAACAAGAAUCGUGAUACAAUUAGAAAAGUUGAAAAGGAUAAUUUGGAUUUGAAGCGUGAUUUCAAAAAGGCCAAAAAGGACAUCAUCAAUAAGGAAGAUGAAGAAUUGAAGAUUGCUUCAAUCAAGAGCAAGUUUCAAGAUGAUUUGAACACGGCCCUUCCUGGAGUCAAUUUUGAAACUACUACUGAAAACCCAUCUAGUGUUUAUGAACUUAAUGCGGUGAUUACUCAUAUGGGAGCUAGUGCUGAUGGUGGACAUUAUAAAGCAUACGUCAAGGAUGCUAAUGACCUUGAAGGUGAAAAUUGGUGGCUCUUUAAUGACGAUAAAGUGAGUUCGGUAUCUAGAGAAAAAAUUGCCAUGUUGGCAGGAGGUGGUGAAAGUGAUUCAGCGUUGUUGUUGAUUUAUAAAGGAUUAGCGUUAUAG